AUGUCGCACAGCGCUCUGGCCUACGCCGCGUGCCCCAUGUGCACCCGGGUCGUGCACAUGGGGCAGAUGCUGCACCACAUACUCUCUACGCACAAGGAGCAGGACCCGGCAUACUGGAUGCGCCUGUGCAAUGCACGACUGGCCCUGUACGAGCGGGUCACCGGCGCUCCACUCGAAGGCACGGAGACCAUGCGUGACGCUUGCUUGGCACAAGCAACUGCGGCUGUCGCAGAGGCCGCCGACUCUGAGGCGAUGGUGCCAGGUGGGCUUUCGCUUUCCACUCCUCUGAGUACGCACGACGCACUGCGACCAUUCUUGCCGACCGUCUCGGAGACUGGGACGUACACAUGCAACUGGUGCGCGCUUAGAAGUGUUGCCUUUUCGAGCCGAGACGCCUUCCUUCUCCACGUUGCCAAGGAUCACCCUAAGCUCGACUUUGACGUUGUGGAGUCGCUUGUUCCUCAGCCUCUCACCGUCUCGUCCAGAGCAGCACGCAACGAGGGCACAGGCACACCCGCUCCAAGGGCGCCCGCGGCAGAGAGUGACGUGACAGUGUCGGACUCGUGGACGCGGCAGCAGCGCGGAGGCGCAGGAUGCGUUGGGGCGGCUUCCAACUCACAUGCGGCGGAGGGGUUUGAUGUAGCGUACCCGGUGCGCCGCAUGCCUGGCGUGCGCACCGUGCAGGACACGAACGUCGUGACGGUGAAGCCGGAGGUGCACCAGUUGGGCACCUCUGUCGGGCGCGUAGGUCGCAACGCAUUCGAUCCCGCCCCCAUCUCCACUGGGGGCAGGCGGUCCCGGGCCGCCGUCUCGGCCUCCUCUACGGCCAGCGCUACGGCAGUGGCGAAUGACCUGCACUUCGACAAGGACUGCUUCCCGUGUGAGCUGUGCUUCCGCGUCUUUGUAUCGGAGCUGAAUCUUCUCCAGCACCUCGAAAGCAAGCACACCAACCCCACCACCCUUGCCUCGGUGAGCGACGCCAGCGUAGAGCGUGCAGCGCCUCCCGGCACUGCCUCCGCAUCUUCCACAGCUGCGGCGUCACCGUCGUCCGUGGAGGUAUUUGUCGUAUGUGAUCGCUGCACAGACCGAAAAAAAGUCUUCCGCUCGUCGUCGGCCCUGUUCUCACACAUUCGCUUCCGUCAUCCUGCGGAGGAUGCGGCCUACGAAACGGAGCGGAUGAUCGAGGAGCAGAGGCAGAGUCGCGUGUUUCAAUGCCCGCAUUGCAGGUAUCGCCACCCAGACAUGACCAGACUGGAUACGCACAUGCGUGACGCGCACGGGGUUGUGGGCUGCGCCGGCGAGAAGACUAUCCGGGGAGGACGCGUCGUCUCAGGAACGGCGCAGCCGCAUGGAUCUGCUGAACUGAAGACGGCACAGCCAUCCCUCUUUUCAGCGCUGCCACCGGUCACGGUGCGGACGCGAUUUUGGUGCAGCGUGUGCGAGAAGGGCUUCGCGAAUGCGUCAGCGCUGUACGCGCACACGGAGUCGAAGCACACCACCAUCGCCAGCCUGUACCCCUGCCCCGCCUGCAAGCGUGAGUUUCGCGAUGUUCCGUCAUUAGAGUCGCACGUCCAGCUGUGUCACAAGAACCUCAGCCUCAAGGAUAUGGGGCUUCAGUCUUCCGUGGAGUGCCCCGACUGCCUGCGACACUUUCUCAACUACGAGUCACUGCAUGAUCACGCCGUUCGACACCACGGCAAGAGCGCCAUCGCCCCUGUCCGCAGCUUCGUAACCCCCGUGUCGGCGUCCACCGCGGGGGAGGGAGUCGGUGUUGCUGCUGCUGUACCGGUACCCGGCACGAGCACUGAUGCCUCUGGCAGCACGACGUCACCCCUCGCCGUAGCCGCUCCACCGAAGCCGCGCAAGGUAACUCGACGUAAGAAAGAACCAUCAACGGCUGCCACCGAGUCGUAG